UGUCGUGUCGCGCGCUUCUUCCACGCAUGCUCAGGACAUAGUGGGUGUUAUUGCUACCAUCAGCCUAGUUACAGUAUAUGUGUCUCUUAAGUGGACCAUCAUGAAUACAAUCUUCAAACAACUUUUCCUCAUGGCGGUGUUGUUCGGGUAUGCCAGGUCGGAGUUCAGGAGCCGGCAGGGUAGACAGUUCUUCCAGCAGAAGGUGAAGUACGUCAACAGAGAGAGUGGCAGGUAUCAAGUGUGUGCGGUAGAUGGCACUACGGGCGCCUGUAUGACCAACACGGACUGUGAACGUGAGAGAGGACGGUUCGUUGGCUACUGUGGCGGUACUGAUGACUACUGCUGUGUGGUGGACAAGACCUGCGGCCAAGCGACCACCUCCCACCAGGUGUACUUCAGGAACCCGGGGUACCCCAACAACGACACCGAGGCCAGGACCUGUAACAUAGAGAUGGAAAUCAGCAGGAGGGUGUGUGCUGUCAGGAUGACCUUCCACAAGUUCCUGCUGGCGCGGUACGAGGAUGGUGUGUGUAUAAGAGACACAUUGACCAUCCUGGGUACAAGCAUCAACGACCCCGUCACUCCUGUCUGUGGCAACAUGACCUCUUGGAUUACAACUUUCGCGGUGAAGGAGAGGACCCGCUUGACGCUGGCUAUGGUAUUGCAGGGCAUCCCCGCCUACACCUUCUCCAUAGGUCUUACCCAGCUCGCUUGCGACAACAUUCCCCCAUUCCAGUCUCCUACGUAUGCAGGUAUCAGGAACGCUGAAGCUGAGAAGUACAUCCCCACCACCACUACCACCGAGGCCCCUACCACUACCGAGGACCCCACCACAGUCGAGAACCCCACCACCGUCGAGGGCCCCACCACCGUCGACCCUACCACAGCCACCGACACCACAGAGGAAACGACUACCGUGAUGAAUGUGGUACGGGGAACUUCAAGCGAAGUGACGACCUCGGAGUCGGUGGUGACGACCACGGAGUCGGUGGUGACGACCACGGAGUCGGUGCCUACGACCCUUAUGCCUGGCAAGCUACCCAUGCCUCCUAAUGACGAGGUGCUCAUCAGGGCGGCGCUCCCGGAACUUGAGAGCGAGGAAGAGGAAGGAGUUUACACCGGAUCUAUCGGCACCACCCCAGCCAUAUCCGCUUUUAGGAGAACAUUCGAAUUGCUGAAGGUGAACGAAAAAUGCUGGCAGUAUUAUGACGAACCUCCCACCUUCAGGGUCAUCGGCGGCUUCUAUGCCAACCUCAACGAGUACCCAUGGCAGGUGGCGCUGGUAUACAAGAACAAGUUCUUCUGUGGUGGGUCUCUCAUAAGUGACCGACACAUCCUUACUGCCUCCCACUGUGUGUUUGGGAGCUUCUCACGGGGUUUAGACAAAUUAAGGGUGAGUCUUGGUGACCACGACCUCGCCACACGUAACGAAACCAAGAACAUCGUGUCAAAGGUCAAGACUAUCCACUGGCAUCUGCAUUACAACCCUCACUCCACCGUCAACGACAUCGCCGUGAUCGAGUUGGAGAACCCGGUCGACUUCUCGUAUAGCGUUAGCGCCGUCAAGCUGCCCACUGACCUAACUGAGAGGUACGAGAAAGCCAAUGCGACCAUCACAGGCUGGGGUCGAUACACCAGCAAAUCCAAGACGACCAGCACCAUCAUGAAGGAGCACACGGCCCCUCUCGUCAACACCACUCUCUGCGUCCAAGCUUGGAAUAAGUUCCCUGGUAUCAACGCCUCCUACAUCAACCACGUGUGUCUCAAUGUGACCAUGGGUACACCCUGUCAUGGAGACUCCGGGGGACCACUGGUAGUGUGUACAGGUGUUCAGUGUUCCCAGAUCGGUGUGGUGAGCUUCGGGUUCCCACUCUGUACAAAUGUGGGUCUUCCAGCUGUUUUCACCCGCGUCACGCACUACAAAUCAUGGAUAGACAUGAACUUGGCGCCGCUGAACUUCGUCUGAAGAAGGAAACUAAAUGAAAAGCAGCAAAUCAGAGGAAACUAAUGCUGCAUAAAUAUAAAACGGGAGACAGAGAGGAAAAAUUUUGAUAAAUAUGAAAUUUUUCACCACUGAACUAGUAUGUCUAAAGAAGGAAAAAAAACGAAAAACAGGAAACCAGAAGAAAAGAGUGUGGAUAAAUAUAUCACAGGGUAGACAAACGAAGAGACUAUACAGUAUUUGAAAUAUAGAUAGCAACUACUGUCAGAAUCCGAGGCUAAGCUGUACGUGUAAUUUUGUGAUGGAAAUUUGAAUCGUGUAACUAAUGAGGACUAAUUAAUGACAUUACAGUAAUUGAAGCGCGUUUAGAUGUGGAUAAGGGGUAGAGAAGAAUGAGGUGAUUAAGUAAAUAAAGGAGGUCAAGAUAAUGGUGAUGCAGGGAUUUUAAAAGGCAAAAAGAAAGAGAAGAAUGUAAACGAUCACAUUAGAGGAGGAAGGUUAUGUGAGCGACAGAGAAGAAAGAAAAAUCGAAACAAAAAUGAACAUAAUAGAAACAAGAUAGAAUGAUAAACGGAGUAAGGCAUGCAGAAUAACGAAUAAAGAAAGAAUGUGCUAAAAAUAGAAUCAUAUUUCAAUGAAGAUGACAAAAUGAUUUAGAGAGAAAACUAAAGGAAGAACAGAAGGAGAGAAAGACACAACAUCACACACACGGCGGCAUCACCCAGUAUCACUAAUGGCUAUUUUUCUAUAAUUAUUACUUAUUUCAUAUAUAUAACCAAUCAACGGCAGGAUAUUAAAUGAAGAACCUUGUGUUAUUCGGGCAUUAUAUUCAUAUACAGUUUGAAUUUGAAACCGAGGCAUUUGUGUUCGAAAACAAAUAAAUUUUGCAUGAAUAAGACUUUGCAAAGUUGAUGUUACAGUGGUUAUGAGGUGUUGAGUCAGGACAUUCGCAUAAUCUUUUAAAUUUCUUAUCAAUAUUGUAAUUAAAUUUCCUGCUUAUCCUUAAAAUAAACUGAUAUUUUCGGUAAGUUUAUACUAUUGCAUAUUGUAGUUGUGAUUGUAUUUCUACCAACAUCAGUUUGGUCAUUGUUAACAACUAUCUCCACACUUGAACACAAAUUCCUUCAGAAUUUCCAAUGUAAUCGUUUAUUAUAUAUAAUAAAUAUUAUGUAAGGCCACGAA